UUUUGUCCUAUGUCUUGAGCGUUUGUAAUAGAAUAAUCAUUUAUAAAUCAAUACAGUUUACGGUGUGCAGUUUGUCUAAAUAAGACGAAAAUGAUCUAUUUACAUACAUAAUCAGUAGCGACUCAAUUUGCCGCUUCAAGCAUUUUACAGUGACGAACAGGCACGUCCUCUUGGUUUAACUGAUAGUUAGUUAACUUUCCCGCAUCAUUAUUUUACCCUAACUCACGUGCGACUCCCUAUGAUCAAAUUGCAGUAUUGCAGUAUCGGCUCACAGAGCGGGAUUAUAAAGACUGGCAGCUGCUCAUGCAACGAUUCAGCUGCGCAGCGCCUGCGUGUCAGCGUUUCUGCUGCAAUGAAAAGGCAAUGGCGGGGACGGGCUACUUUAAUUAUUAACCUGCGUGAAAUUAACACUGUAGUGGAAACAUAUUUCCAAAUUAGGCUGAACUAAGUCCAUACCUGGGUACCAAGACAGCGAAACGAUUGAAGCGCGCCUUCUCGCUCCCGUCUCCGCGAUUCCUGCUCCCCGCUGCACAUGAUGGCUUUCGCUCGGGGUCUCGUCAGUCUGCGCGGCUCUUUGCUGCUCCGGCGUGACGCUGCUCGCGCCUCAGCUCGUGCACCUUUGCGCCUUCGAUGCGUGCAAAUCCAGGUGAUCAGCACGCGCUGGCAGCACACUGCGCCCGCCUCCGUAAAAUGUAACUGGAAUCUCCGAGAGGAUUUCUUUGAACUCAGUUAUGGGGACUUGGUAAUGCACUUUGACUAUGUGUGGCUACGGGACCACUGUCGAUCUGCUUCCUGCUACAACUCCAAGACCAACCAGCGAAGCUUGGACACAGCCAAUGUGGAGCUCGCCAUACGACCCACGAAGACAAGGGUGGACGAAGAGACGCUGUUCCUCACGUGGCCCGACGGGCAUGUAACGCGGUACAAUCUAGCCUGGCUGGCGCAGAACAGCUACGAGGGCCAGAAGCAGAGCUCGGUGCAGCCACGCAUCCUGUGGAACUCCGACAUCUACACCAAGGCGGCCAUUCCAGCUGCUCAUUGGGAGAAGUUCAUGGUCUGCGACGAGGAGCUCAAGAAGUUCCUCAGCAACUUCUUGCUCUACGGCAUUGCCUUCGUGGAGGGCGUCCCAGCGACCUUGGAAGCCACAGAAGAGGUCUCCGACAGAGUCAGUCUCAUCAGGGAGACCAUGUACGGCCGCAUCUGGAACUUCACCUCGGACUUUUCCCGCGGAGACACUGCCUACACCAAGCUGGCGCUGGACCGUCACACAGACACAUCGUACUUCCAGGAACCGUGCGGCAUCCAGGUGUUCCACUGCCUGCGACACGAGGGGACGGGGGGGCGGACGCUCCUGGUGGAUGGUUUCCACGCCGCCGACAAGGUGCUCCAGAAAUCUCCCAGUUGCUUUGAGCUGCUGGCACGCGUCCCCAUCAAGCACGAGUACAUCGAGAACGUGGAAGGGCACCGCAACCACAUGAUAGGGAUCGGACCAGUGCUCAACGUGUACCCCUGGAACAACGAGGUCUAUAUGAUCCGGUACAACAACUAUGACCGCGCCGUGAUCAACACUGUGCCCCAUGACGUGGUCCAGCACUGGUAUGUGGCCCAUCGGGAGCUCACCAAGGAGCUGCGGACACCGGAAAACGAGCUGUGGGUGAAGCUGAAGCCGGGGAAGGUCCUCUUCAUCGAUAACUGGCGGGUCCUUCACGGCCGUGAGUCCUUCACGGGCCUGCGCCAGCUGUGCGGCUGCUACCUGACCCGGGACGACGUGCUCAACACGGCCCGCUCCCUGGGGCUGAAGGCCUGACAGGCUAGGCGAAGCCACUCGGUGGCACCGAAGCACUCCCCAGCACAACUGGACGUCUCACUGGGAUCCUGGCAGCUAUCAGAUCCUCCUGAGGAAUUCUGGGAUACCGGAGUAUUGUUUCUAGUAUGGCUGUAGUCCAUUACAUUUUUAAACUGUCUUAAUCAAAGAGGUGUAGUAAUGGAAGAUUGCCUCUGUUUGGCUCUUAAUGAGGAUCCAUGUAGCAAUUAUACUAUCACGAAGGACUUUUUAAAGGACUGUGGGAUAGAUUUGUUUUUAUCUUAUUGUGCCUUAUCAUUUGUAAUGUUAUAAUGAGAUGUCGCACUUAGCGUUUCAAAAAUUUACUCGAAUGAGAUUCAUCUCCGAGACAUGCUGCUUUCUGCUGCCUUGUCAUUAUAGAAAGCUUUUUGCUUGUUGUCCCUGAUGAAUUUAUGGAGGACAAGAAAGCUUUAUUUUACAGUAUAAUCAUCUCAGAAGUCCUAUAUGUAGUGUUCUUGCUUUGAACAUUGAAUACAAAACCAAAAUGCAUUUGAGGUGGUAACACGUUGACUUUAUUUCUGUGUACCCAAAACAGAAAUUUACUCCAGUGAUCAUUAGAUAAAGGGGAUUUUCUAUGUCCAAGAAAUGCUCUUUUCAUUACACGCAGCUAUGAGUAAGCCUGCGUAUUGUGUUAUAUAACAGAACCUGAAUGUGGUGUUCUUAAAAUGUGUUAAAUCACUAAGCAGAAUUUUCCCCUUUGCCUUAAAAUUCAAAAUGAAAUUGUGGGAUCAUUUUCUUAGGUUCACAAUGUUAAUUGUUUACAUUUCUUUAAUUAUAUGUGUAAUCAGUAAAGCAUGAUGUUAAGUUUUCAUAUUA